AAUAUACAGGCAGGAAGCUGUUUUCAGUGUAAAGAUGAACAGAACAGCUGACACUUUAAUGUACUUUACAUCUUAUUAACAUCUUUAUCAAAUUCUGCACUGAGAGCAAACUGAACCUGUGGAGAUUCUCCAGCAGGUGGCGCUGUGAUCAUGAACUCCACCAAAAACACAACUGAAGAAGACAAGCUGCAGUUUUUAUUUCUUGGAGUCAAAAGCUGAUUUUCUGCCGGAUUUCAUCAUCACUUUAAAACAGAUUUAAUAAUAAAAGCUUUGUUUCUGUUUUUAAGGCUUCACUUCGUCCUGCUUAUAAGACGGAGGUGAUGAAAUGUCAUGUGAUGCAAUGACGAACUCUGUGGAACACAUCACACCUGUGGAUGAACAGAAAUAUAUAAAAAAAGAAGAACCUGAAGAUGAAGAUUAUCUCAGUGUAGAUGCAUCUGUGGAAAAUCUAGGCGAACAAAAUGGAUUUCAGAGCAAGCUUAUUAAAAAGGAAGAGACUACAGAAAAAGAUGAUGCCCAAUUGGAAGUCUUCCCCUGCUUCAUGUGUUCACUUUCGUAUUCAUCUCAAAUGUUGCUCCAUGAACACAUCACAAUAUGUCACCCUGAUCAACAUGAGACACCGAUCAAAUCAGAAGACACGUGUCAGAAUCUUAUGCCAGAAAGAAGCUCCAGUAUUCAGCAAACAAUCUCUGGGCCUCUGCAGUUGCAGAAAGAGGUCCAUCAGUGCUUGCAGUGUGGGAAGAGUUUCGCUGACCAGAAAAAACUGAGAAGACACCAGUAUAUUCACACAGGUGAGAAACUACAUCACUGCUCACAGUGUGGGAAGAAUUUCGUUCGACAGCGUCAUCUCGAACUACACCAGCGGACUCACACUGGAGAGAAGCCACAUUGCUGUCUGGAGUGUGGGAAGAGUUUUACCCAACAGAGCAAUCUCCAAAGACAUCAGCGCAUUCACAACAGAGAAAAGCCGUAUCGCUGCUCGGAGUGUGGGAACAGUUUUGCCCGAAAGAGUAAUCUCCAAAGACAUCGGCACAUUCACAACGGAGAAAAGCCGUAUCGCUGCUCGGAGUGUGGGAAGAGUUUUGUUCGACAGAGUUAUCUCCAAUUACACCAGCAUGUUCACACUGGAGAGAAGCCACAUUGCUGUAAGGAGUGUGGGAAGAGUUUCGCCCAUCAGAGCAGUCUCCAAAUACAUCAGCGCAUUCACAACGGAGAAAAGCCAUUUCACUGCUUAGAGUGUGGGAAGAGUUUUAUUCAACAGAGUCAUCUACAAAGACAUCAGCGCACUCACAACAGAGAAAAGCCAUUUCUCUGCUUAGAGUGUGGGAAGAGUUUUAUUCAACAGUGUCAUCUACAAAGACAUCAGCGUGUUCACUCUGGAGAGAAGCCGUAUCGCUGCUCGGAGUGUGGGAAGAGUUUUGUUAAAGGGAGUAGUCUACAACGACACCUACACACUCAUACAGGAUAGAAGCCAUAUCACUGAGCACAGUGUGGGACGAGGUUUACUCAACUGAGCACUCUGAGAGCAUACAAGGUCACUCACACAGGACAGCCAUAUGAAGUUAGGGUCAUGAAAUUUGAAAUUAAAAACUAAACUGAUAUUGAAUUUUUUGGUUUUGUAAAGAGCAUUCUAAACUGCAAUUUCCUAUUUUACUAAACUGAAGAGUGAGUUAGUUCUUAACCUAGUGAAGACCUAUGAGAAUGUAUCUGCAGAGCACACAGGUGAAUAUAAAUAUGGGAAAUUUAAAGUAAAGGAGGAAAGGAGCUUAAACUGCAUAGCAGUGUGUUUCAUGUCUACUUAGUUACACCACUUCAGCUUCUACUGAAUUAUUGGUGAUGAUAAGCAGAGAUUUAUUUUGUUCAGCUUCAAUAAAGGAAUAAUAUGUCAGUUUCAGGGAAAUAACGUGUGGUGUUUUCACAAUACUCAGUUCAGAGAUUAUUUAAUUUCUUCUUCUUCUUUCGGCCUUUCCCUUCAGGGGUCACCACAGUGAAUCAUCUCUCUCCACCUAUCCCUAUCUUCUUCAUCCCCAACACUUGCACCCACUAGCCUCAAAUCCUCAU